AAGGUUAUUAGUUUGCACAUUCUCGUGGACAAAAACUACUUUUGACAUCACAAUUUUAUUGUGAUGCAUACUGUGAUAUGAUAUGAAAAAACAACAUUGUUGCUUGGGUAAUUGUAAGCUAGCAUUCAAUGAUUCACAGUUUGAUCCAAACAGAACUGCUUGACUUGCAACAUUUCAUUUCAUUUCAUAAACUGGACAAGUUUAUGAGGACUUUUGAUGCUUGUUUGUUUCAAUUGUUGCAUGAGAUUUUGUUCCUCGGCAAGUUCUUAUUGUUUAAAAAGCUUGAUUGUAGUUUAAUGCUUGCUGUUAUUUCAGAUUUACUUGUUUUUUUUGUCUUCCUUUUUUAAUUUUUUUUUAUUAAUUUUUUUUUUUAACUUUAAAAGCCUCAAAUAAUGUUCUCUGCUAUUAAUUUGCAAUUGAUUUAAACUUUCAGGUACCUCCUUACCAUUUUAGCAAGAAGUCUCUCUUUCUGUUCUGUUUGUGCUUCAUCUGGUGUGGAGUAACUUCUGGAUAGCUUUUUAUGCUAAGCUAGUUUUUCCUGAAAUUCUUAAGAUGGAAAACAAUAGCUAUUCCAACUUUUUUUUUCAUGCAUUUUCUACUGGUGUUUAGGUUAUUGUGCAUUAGACUUUCUGUGUUCUAUAGUUUCUUGUCCAUGAAGUUCUUCAUAAGCCCCAAAGCCACACCGAUUCUUUAGAUUUAUCAAGGUGUGAGUUUUUCUGAUUUCAGUCAAUUGGGUAUGUUCUUUUCCUCAACCAUGAUAUAUAUAUUUUUGAUAUAUAAACAAAUUUUAUUGACAUCCCGAAAGGCACAGCCUGAAUUACAACUCUGAUGCCCCACCUAAGUAGGUGCAUUAGAGGCAAGAAAGCCUCCUACGGCCAAAUUCUUUAAAUAUUUUUCCUCAACCAUUAGAUAUUGAAUGCAUAUUUUGUCAUGCUUCCACUGCAAAUGAGUGCGCCUCUGGCUCUAUCAGACCUUUAGGUGUCUUAGACGAAGUUCACAAAAAUUUCUUUUGAACUCUACAAAGGAGCUGAAAGUUUUAUGCCAUUUUCUCCAGAUCUUAUAUACUUUAUUUGGAUUAACCGUCACUAUAGCUGGAAAGGAAUUCUGGAAUUUGUAAUUGUUAUCCUUUUAUUCAAUUGGCUCGAGUUUUAAACCAUGCUGCAGGUCCCCCCGCGCUAACGUAAUGAUGUCUUGAUGAUUUAAAACACGUGAAUGUAAGUUCUCAGUGGCUGCACAUUCAUUGGUCUGAAAACCAUCAUUCUGACCAGUACACUUUAUUGGUAACAUGGAAUCAGCCAUGUCAGCAUCUCAAUCAUCAUCUGUUGUUAAUGAUUUUCGCAUGGAAUCUCCAACUUGUUGGUGUGGUUUGAAAACACAACUAAAGACAUCUCACACGUCAAAAAAUCCCGGAAGGAGAUUUUUCGCUUGCCCAAACUAUAAAACGGGAGAUGCAAGGUGUGAAUUUUUUGUAUGGGCCGAUAUACUUCAUUUGCUAGAUGAAAAUUUUCGUGCCCGUGAGAAUAAGGCGACAAGUUUUUUGUUGAAUGAUGUAUUGCAGCGCGAGUAUGCUGUUCGGAAACGGGAAGAUAAAGUGAGAGAGAUGGCAAAGAAUCUGAAAAAGCAAAAGCGAAAACUUCUGAUUUUGUACUGGAUUCUGACAUUUGUAAUAGUGUUUAUUUGGUUUGCAUAAAUUAUAUGUAAAGUACUGUGUAUGAUAGAAUGUGUGUUUUGCAUGCUCCUUUUGAAGUGCACAUGGUUGGUGGACCAAGACCAUGUAUUUAAAUUGUAUGGUGUUAAGACAUUAACUGUGUAAAGAACUUUAGUGCAAUUAUCUUGUCCUUGUAGACUC